AGUUUAACUUUAUAUAUUAGUUAUUAUAUGAUAUGAUAUGAUACAAGUAUUAGAUUUUUAGCGCUUUGUAAAAAAAAAAAAAAAAACCGACGGAGUUUCCCAAGCAUAGAAAUGACCACCCAAAGAUAGUGAGCAACUAAACCAAACAUAUCAGCAAACGAGUUUCCACCCAAACACACUCCUUCAUUCUCUCUGCAUAUUGUGGCGACUCUCACUCGAUUAUCCUUCGUUCUCCGUGACAGAUUCUCCAUGGCUACCGCUGCCGCAGCAGCUGCAACCUCAAUCGCCAAGCUCGACACUUCUACCUUAGCCUCGCCUUUCCGACGCCCGAUCUCUCAACUCCGCCUUCCUACUCCUUCACUUCGCCUCUCUCAAUUUCGACCCUUGACCUCCUCCAAUCCUUCUGGUAUUAAAGCCCAGGUUGCAACUGCUGAACAAGCUGCUGUCGAUGCGGUGCAACAAGUUGAAUCCCCUGUUGUUGUUGUCACUGGAGCUUCUAGAGGAAUUGGGAGAGCUGUUGCAUUAACGUUGGGAAAGGCUGGCUGUAAGGUCCUUGUAAAUUAUGCGAGGUCAUCAAAAGAGGCGGAAGAAGUAUCUAAAGAGAUUGAGUCAUAUGGAGGUCAAGCUCUUACAUUUGGGGGUGAUGUAUCAAAAGAAGAAGAUGUAGAAUCAAUGAUAAAGACUGCUGUAGAUGCAUGGGGAACUGUUGAUGUAUUGGUGAAUAAUGCAGGUAUUACACGAGAUGGCUUAUUGAUGAGAAUGAAAAAAUCACAGUGGCAAGACGUCAUUGAUUUAAAUCUCACAGGGGUUUUUCUUUGCACUCAGGCUGCUUCAAAAGUUAUGAUGAAGAAGAGAAAGGGGAGAAUCAUAAAUGUAGCUUCAGUGGUUGGUCUUAUGGGCAAUGCUGGGCAGGCAAACUAUAGUGCUGCAAAAGCCGGUGUUAUUGGUUUCACAAAAUCUGUAGCGAAGGAGUAUGCCAGCAGGAAUAUUAAGGUUAAUGCUAUUGCCCCAGGAUUCAUUGCCUCUGAUAUGACAGCCAAGCUUGGAGAUGACAUUGAGAAGAAAAUUCUGGAGAAUAUCCCCCUUGGACGAUAUGGUCAACCCGAGGAAGUUGCUGGACUAGUGGAAUUUUUGGCACUUAACCCUGCCGCAAGUUAUAUCACUGGACAGGUUUUGACAAUUGACGGGGGCAUGGUGAUGUAAGAGGUUCACUGGUAUCAGAUUAGCUAGUAUUCAUUUGGAUUUACGGCCUGGAUUGUGGUUAUUGAAUAGAGACUGAGAUAUCAGAUAUGGAAGGAAACUAGAACUCUUGUCGGUUUUUUCCUAUCACUCUAUGGCUCUAUAGCUGGUAACCUUGACAGAAAGACUAAUCAAUAUCAGAUUGUAUUGGUUUGCCUUGGAGCAGGCAUGUGCAAGAUUAAUCCAGAUUCAUGUUCCUAAAAUUUUCCCUUCAAAAACAUAGUUUUCCUCUAGGUUAUGUUGUUUCAAUUGAGAACGUUGUGAAAUGAAUUCUAAUAUUCCUUGAAAGUGAUUAAUCUUUCCACUGGAAGAAAACUGUCAAAGAAUUCUGGAAAAUGUUUUCCUUGAGUAGACAGCCAGCUGAAAGCAUUUUUUAUUAAGAUAUAUCAGUGUUGUAACAGUUGAAUUAAAUGAACCCUGAUGUUUUUAGAGUUUUGCAUUA